AUGUCCACCAAGCUCCCCGCUGCCCUCAACGCCACUGAGGACGACAUCCAGCUCCUCCUUGCUGCCCAGUCGCACCUCGGCACCAAGAACUGCGACAAGUCGAUGGAGCAGUACGUCUGGAAGCGCCGUGCCGACGGUAUCCACGUCCUCAACGUCGGCAAGACCUGGGAGAAGCUCGUCCUCGCCGCCCGUGUCCUCGCCUCGAUCGAGAACCCCGCCGACGUCUGCGUCAUCUCGUCGCGCCCCUACGGCCACCGCGCCGUCACCAAGUACGCUGGUUUCACCGGUGCCCAGGCCAUUGCCGGCCGCUUCACCCCCGGUUCGUUCACCAACUACAUCACCCGUUCGUUCAAGGAGCCCCGCAUCAUCAUCGUGACCGACCCCCGUGUCGACCACCAGGCUAUCCGUGAGGCCGCCUACGUCAACAUCCCCGUCAUUGCCUUCGCCGACACCGACGCCGCCCUCAAGUUUGUUGACAUUGCCAUCCCCAUCAACAACAAGUCGCGUCACUCGAUCGGCCUCAUGUGGUACCUCCUCUGUCGUGAGGUCCUCCGCCUCCGUGGCGAGGUCGCCCGUGGCCCCACCGGCCCCUCGGGCUGGGACGUCCUCCCCGACCUCUUCUUCUACCGCGACCCCGCUGAGGAGCAGGAGCGCGAGGCCGCCGAGAAGGCCGCCGCCGAGGCUGAGGCCGAGGCCGAGGCUGCCCCCGCCGCCGCCCCCGCCGCUGACGACUGGACCGCCGCCGCCGCUACCGACGACGCCCUCGCCGCCCAGCCCACCGACCAGGCCCUUGACUGGUCCGCCGAGCCCCAGACCGGCGACUGGGCCGCUGAGCCCACCCCCGCCACCGACGCCGCCGCCGGCUGGUAA